UUUUUUUGGUCACCAAAUUCUUGUACUCUCUUUUAAUUCCCUAAAACCACUGCGUUGUCCACAUUCUUUUUGGUGAUGUUUAGUCUCCUCAGCUUCUCACUGUAGCAACUGAUUUUUUUUUUUUACUUAAAAAUGACCAGUAACAGAAAUACAGCAGAGGGUCAUUAAAUAUGAUAAGGCUAUUUUAUAAUCAAAUAAUUCUGAUACUCCUUAUUUUUUACUCACACCGGCCCAGAAGCCACAUGACCACAUACCACAAGCUUCUUUUAGUAUUGUUACAAACCCGUAAUAAGCACCAACAUGUGUCGACCAAAGGUUUUUUAACCAGGCCUUUGAAAUAUCUACAUUCAAAAGUACGCGUCUGAAGCAUAGGUCUGAAGGGAGAAUGGGAAAUACCGCGAGACCGAACGAGAUCGCCACUUCCUCAAAAUGUAAACAGAAAUAGCUGCAGUGGGUUCUUCAGUAUAACAAGACAUAAACUUAGUCUGUUACGUGCUGUGAUGGGUUUUGCUCCGUGGCUGAAAAAAUGGAGACUAAAGGGACCGACGAGGUGGAGACACUGAAGUCCAAAUUCAUGUCAGCAUGGCACAGUGUGAAAUACAGCUGGGCUCUAAAGUCAAAAACUGCUUUUAGCCGUAAUUCUCCUGUAUUCUUGUUGGGAAAAUGCUACCACUUCAAGGUUGUGGAUGAUGAAAACCCUACUGAGAGCACAGCUGAGGCAUUAGAUGACGAUGUUGUCACAGGCAAUGUUGAUGAAUUUCGAAAGGAUUUCACCUCUCGAGUUUGGCUGACCUAUCGAGAAGAGUUUCCUGCUCUUCCGGGCUCCAGCUUCACUUCAGACUGUGGCUGGGGUUGUACACUCCGAGCGGGGCAGAUGAUAUUGGCACAGGCACUCUUGCUUCACAUCUUGGGUAGAGACUGGAAGUGGUCAGAAGCAUUGUCCCUGGAGCCCUUGGAUACAGAGACGUGGACCAGCAGUGCCGCUCGGAGACUCGUGGCCACAUUAGAGGCUUCCAUUCAGGGGGAACGAGCACAAGCCUCUCAGCCUCUCUGUCCUGUUCAAGGAGAAGCUGAGGAGGCCGACUCUUACCUGAAAGAGACAUAUCAUCGUACCAUUGUAUCCUGGUUUGGGGAUGGACCCUCAGCACAGCUGGGCAUCUACAAAUUAGUGGAGCUAGGAAUGACUUCCGGAAAACAGGCAGGAGAUUGGUAUGGCCCAGCAGUGGUAGCACACAUACUGAGAAAAGCUGUUGAUGAGGCAGUUGAUGCAAUGCUGAAAGGCAUUCGUGUUUAUGUAGCACAGGACUGCACAGUGUACAGUGCUGAUGUUAUUGAUAGCCAUUCAACGCGGACAGAAAGCCACAGUGAUCCUCAGGGACUCGAUUCUGGAGCUUCACCUGAUAGUAGAGCUGUUGUUAUCCUCAUUCCUGUGAGACUGGGUGGAGAGAAGAUCAACCCAGAAUACUUAAACUUUGUCAAGAGCAUUUUAAGCUUAGAGUACUGUAUCGGCAUCAUUGGUGGAAAACCGAAACAGGCUUACUAUUUUGUUGGAUUUCAAGAUGACAGCUUGAUUUACAUGGAUCCUCAUUACUGUCAGUCUUUUGUGGAUGUCAGCACAAGCGAUUUCCCUCUGCAGUCGUUUCAUUGCCCAUCACCAAAGAAAAUGUCUUUCAGUAAAAUGGACCCGAGCUGUACGAUUGGAUUCUACUCAAAAAGUGUUGAACACUUUGAAAAAAUUGCCAAUGAACUGUCAAAGAUUCUGCAACCCUCGUCGAAAGAGAAGUACCCUGCAUUCACCAUAAUGAAAGGCCAUGGGAAGGAUUAUGAACUUUCGAUUGCUGUAGAAAAGCGAGAAUGGCCUUUCAUCAGGGACGCAAGGAAAGCAGGCACAACAUCAGGAGACUUUGUGCUGCUUUAAUGCUUAAAACUGGUAACCAAAAAAGCAAGUGAUACACCAUAAAUCAGAACUGCAUGGGUCUAAACUAUUAGACUCCUGUUCUCAUGUUUUUUUUUUUUUUUUUAGAAAGGACAUUUUACAAAAAUCUACAAGCAGUGCCUGCUCUAGAAUCACAGAUUUUAGACCAUUUAACUGAACACUGAUACUGAUGCGAACACCUCUGGAUCUUGCAAGCAAAGUUGAACACGGAAAUUACCCUGCAAACAUUUCAGCAUGUUCAUUUACUCUAAUAGAUACCGGGGGUCAAUAUGUUUAUUUUUUUAACAAGGAGUUCUUUAUGUUGUUAGGUACAUGUAGAUAACUAUUUUUUAAACUAAAAAUCAAAUGUAUAGUCUCAUUUUUGAAACACAUAAAUGAAAUCACAGAAUUUACAUUUUAUUUUGGUAUGUUUUAUGUUACAUUAACUGAAGGUAUAACGUGCCUUUAUAAGUGAGUAGAAAACACUGUAUAGCAUAUAACUAAAUCAGAACCUAAUUCAUUUUUAAAUGAUAUUUAGCAGUGGACAUUAAAAAGCUGCUUCUACCAUAUUUUUAUGAAAAAUUUUAAGAAUUGAGCAUUGAUUUGUCCAGAAACUGUUUGAUAUUACAUAAGUUAAUUUACAAUUACAUUUAGUCAUUUAGCAGAUGCUUUUGUUCAAAGUGACUUACAAUUGAGAGGGCAUUCAGCGAUUCAACAAGAAGAAGCAAUACAAAAAAUAAGUGCUAAUUAUACACAGGUACUGUUAAUGCUCAGAGAAUUAAGUGCUUGGCUUAGAAAGGAUGCGUGUGCUUUUUAAUAGAAACAAAACUGUUUCUUCAGGUGGUUUAUGAAACCCACUCACCUUCGAAAAAGCAUUUUUUAGAGAUAUGGAGUGAUUGUAAGAAAGUGCAAGACUGGUGCAAGUGUUGGUUAGUGAGAGAUGGGUGUGUUUUCUGUUGGUGGUUUGUCAAGCCCACUCACCUGUGUAAAGCACAUUUAGUAUUCUAUAAUGUUCAGAGGUUGCCGUGUCAAUUAAUGUCAGUUAACAACAUUACUCGUAUAAUGCCGAUAUGUGAAACAAUAGUUUCAAAACUGCAGAGAUCUUUUUAGUUUUUUUGGAGCUUACUUUAUUUUUUUAUGGUGUAAUGGAAAUCAUAAAUUAGGAUGAAUGGAGUAAUUUAUUAUUAAACUAUGCCUUAUUUAAUUAAUAGGCAUCUAUUUAAUAACAUUGUCAAUGUGACUGUAUUGUACUGCAAAUAAUAUCUUGCUUAUUUGUAUAGAAACACUUUUGAACCAAAGUACUGAGCAUUGAACAGAACGCCAGUGAAGUGAAUAACCACAAUCAUUUUGUGUUUGUUAAUUAAUUUCACCGUUUGCCAGUUUUAAGUGUUUGCAAAUUACCGCGAUGUAUUUCAGUGUCAUACUUCUGUUGCACAAUGAAUAUUUCAGUUUAAUAACUGUCGAUUCAGAAAUGUACAAUAAAGCUAACAUGACUAAAAACAACA